CUGAUUAAAAAUCUAUAAUUCGAAUAAUUUAUAUCUAUAAAACUCUACUCAUAAAAUGGGAUCUAACUUAGCCGACGCAAUUGUUCAACCUCUCAAUGAUAAGGUUCAUGAAUUUGCUGAUAAGGUAUCUGGGUCUACUCCAGCACCCCCUUCGAAGGGAAUUCAAUUGUUUACCAAGGAAUACUAUGCUGCAUGUACUCUUGGAGGUAUAAUUGCCUGUGGUCCUACUCAUUCGGCAGUGACGCCAUUGGAUCUUGUCAAAUGUCGUCGUCAAGUAAACUCUAGCAUUUACAAGUCCAAUAUUCAAGGUUGGAAGACUAUUUUAAAGACCCCAGGAGAUUCCAUCUUUACCGGUAUUGGUGCAACCUUCAUUGGGUAUUCCCUCCAAGGUGCUGGUAAGUAUGGUUUCUAUGAAUACUUCAAAAAGACUUAUAGUGACCUUGUAGGUCCAGAAUUUGCUAAUAAAUAUAAGACUGGGGUUUAUCUUGCAUCUUCUGCUUCUGCUGAAUUCCUUGCCGAUCUUGCACUUUGUCCUUUGGAAACCAUCAAGGUUAAGACUCAAACUACUGUCCCUCCAUUUGCAACCUCAGUAACUGAUGGUUGGAAGAAGAUUACUGCCACUGAAGGAAUUGGUGGUUUAUACAAAGGUCUUGUUCCAUUAUGGUUUAGACAAGUUCCUUACACUAUGGUUAAAUUUGCUUCAUUUGAAAAGACAGUUGAACAAAUUUAUAAAUAUUUGGGUAAACCAGUUUCUCUGUACACUCCUUUGCAACAAACUGGAGUUUCCUUUUUGGGGGGUUAUAUUGCUGGUAUCUUUUGUGCCAUUGUCUCUCAUCCAGCAGAUGUCAUGGUUUCUAAAAUCAAUUCUCUGAAGAAACCUAAUGAAUCGGUUGGAACUGCCUUGAAAAGAAUCUAUGGAGAUAUCGGUUUCAAAGGUGUAUGGAAUGGGUUACCAGUUAGAAUUGUUAUGAUUGGUACUUUGACCGGUUUCCAAUGGCUUAUCUAUGAUUCAUUCAAGGUUUAUGUUGGAUUACCAACUACUGGAGGUCAUUAAAGAUUUAGACUA